GCAACCGGAUCAGAUGAGGCCCAGUCCUUUUCCACUCGGGGCGGCGAAUUGAACAACCUACCCGUUUGUCCUGCUGCGAAGUCUCAUCCGGAAGGAAACGAACACUCCGGUUCCGAUUGUCGACUAACCGAUCCGGAAACUCGUUUAAGUCGUCGCGAACGCACCCACUUCACGGUCGCCACCCGAGCAAUCUUGGCUGCGGCAUAUGAGAAAAAUCCCCGCCCUAAAGGUCAAGAGUUGACACGUCUAGCCAUGGAAACAGGGCAUAAUCGAGAAUCCAUCCGCAUCUGGUUUUGCAACCGAAGACAAUUAACCAAUCAAGCAAAAGGGCAGAAAAGUAUGACCACUUGA